AUGCUUCACAACCCAGUGUUCCCUGGCUUUGGCCAUCACCUGGCUGACCAUGCCACUAUGCAUGUGGCUACAGAUGUCCAACGGACCCCCAAGCUGUCUUUCAAUAUUGACUCCAUCCUGUCCAGGACUGAUAGAUCUCCUCCUGCCAAGGUGCCACUGGAGAGGCCCAGCUGGCAGCCCCCAUCUCCACCAUCUCUGCACUUUGGUUAUUCGUUUGGAGUAGUUCCCUACCCACCAGUAUAUUACUACAAACCAAUGGGACACCCUACACUACUACCGCAGCAGACCCCAAUGAGAGUGUCUAGGGGAGACUGUACCUGCUCAGAUCCCCUCUGCAAAGAUAAAGGGCUCCCGUAUAAUCCGUGUGUAACUAACCAAAUGAGCUGGAGAACUGGUCCCUGUAAAAUGAAGAGGAUCCGAACAGUCUUUACCCCAGAACAGCUGGAGAAACUGGAGAAGGAGUUCCUCAAGCAACAAUACAUGGUUGGCACUGAGAGAGUGGACCUGGCAACAACGCUUAACCUCACAGAAACCCAGGUCAAGGUUUGGUUCCAAAAUCGCCGCAUUAAGUGGAGGAAACAGAGCCUGGAGCAGAAGAAGGCCAAGUUGUCCCAGUUUGGGGUCCUCCCAGCAGACAGCUCUUCCUUGCUAGAUGAGAGGGACAGUGAGGAGGAUGAGUUGGAUGUGGAGCUGUAG